AUGGAGCACUUGAAGAAGCAGUGCUUUCUGCAUUUGUUCCAUGUUCUGAUGUUUAGGGGAAAGGAACCUCGAGCAGAAGCCAACUACCAGCUACCUGCAGUUGGAAUUCAGCAGAAGUUGGUGCUCCAAUUUCGGUUAUUCAGUUACUCUCUUUCCUUCUCUAUCUUCUGUCUCACCUUCCACCCAUGCUUACAUACCAGAAUAGCCCAAAACACUGGAAUCUCUGAGAUAUUUGCAGCACCGAGAUGUGGCGUACCACCGCGAGACAUGACCUCAAGUGCCUUGCAUGGCCUGAAACAUUACGUGUAUUUCCCCGGAAAACCUCGGUGGGUGCCACGCACGAUGCCCAUUAGACUCACCUACGCUUUCUCACCAGAGAACAUGAUUAGUUACUUGAGCUCCUCCGACAUCCGAGACGCCCUUAAACGCUCUUUUGAUCGCUGGGCGUCGGUUAUUCCUGUGAGCUUCGCUGAGACAGAGAUCGACUACGACUUCUCGGAUAUCAAAAUAGGGUUUUACGCCGGGGAUCACGGCGAUGGAGAGCCUUUCGACGGCGUGCUUGGUAUUUAUGUAUUACCACUUUUAGCCCACUCAUUUUCUCCGGAGACUGCGAGGCUUCACCUUGAUGUGGCAGAGACUUAGGCGGUGGACUUUAGGUCAGAGAAAUCCGUCGUGGCUGUCAAUUUGGAGUCAGUGGCCGCUCAUGAGAUUGGACAUUUGUUAAGGUUAGGGCAUAGUUUGGUGAAAGAGGCUGUCAUGUACCCGAAUUUCAUGCCUAGGGAAAAGAUCGUCGAUUUACAGGUUGAUGAUGUCGAAGGUGUGCAAGCUUUGUAUGGAUCGAACCCCAAUUAUACAGUCGGUGCUUUGCCAGAGUCAGUAACUUCCACCAAUCUGGGCGUUGAUUUCAGGAGUAGACCAUCAAGAUGGAAUUUCGUCUUUGUUUUUGUUAUCUGGUACUGCCUCUACUUAUGUUUCCUUGUUGGUUGUAUACACACUAAUUGA